UCUCCCCCCAGCCUCCUGCCCUUGAGCGCUGGAUGCUUUGUGCAGGCAGCAGCCCUGGGAACCCCCCUGCUAGCAGCAGCCUCCCUGGCACGCCUGGCCUGCUGCUCCUGGAAAUGCCCUGUGAAGAGAUGGAGCAAGCCGUGGGGGGGGAGCAGCAGCAGCAGUGCGAGGCUGCUCUCAGGAGGCUCCAGGAGAUCGAGGACAGAAUAACUGAUGAAGACGAAGACGAAGAUGGGCUGGCGGAGGGGCCUCUUGGCAACCUGCCCACUCUCGUCCUGUCCGACACACUCAAAACAGGGCUGAAGAGGGAUUACGCUGGAGACCUGACCAAGAAAAUAAUAGAGUCCAUGAGUCGUCCCUCCAUGGAGCUAGUAGUCUGGAAACCUCUCCCUGAAUUCCUCACCCCAAAAGCAAAGUCUGUUUCUGUUAAGAACUACAAACCAGCGGCAGAAAGGUGCUCCGCAAAACCACCAACCCUUGAAGCUGAUUUCAGCCUCCAGACAGGAAAUUUUUCUGAGCCGCAGCAAACGGAGAUGCCUUCAGCUUUCUACAGCACUGUGGGACCUGCUGGGUGCUCAGAAGAGGAGAUGGAGUUGUAGAACCUGGGACAAAACCAGAUGACUGCUUGCUGAUACUUUUUCACCUUUUGGAUGUGCGGGUAUUAGAUGGUAGAGGAGAGGGACGUGUAUUUUUUAGGGUGAUGGUCAGAAGUAUGAGAUGGCUUCAGGCCUAAGAAAUGGAAACAGUCGUUUUAUAAUCCAAGAAAACAAGCUUGUUCUUAAACAAGAAAGCCAGAAAUGUUGCUUUGUCUGGCUCAUUACUAAUUUGCAGAGUAAAAUUCAUAAACUGGUCAAGGUUCAGACCCUUCUAGCAUUGUUCAGUGUUGAUCCCUGAGGAAGGGCUGCCUGUUGAUUCCGAAGGGGGUCCGGGAUUGUGACAUCAAGUUGCCUUUGAACAGAUGACUUUUGUGUACAUCAUACCUUUUGCCAUCCCUUGAGCCCUGUGGCUUGGCCAGUGCUGUUGUGGGGAACAAAAAAGUGACCCUUCAGGCAUGGCUGAGGUAGCAAGCGGCUUGGUCAACUGAAGCUUCUUUUUGGUCCAUGGAACUUCUGCUUCCUUCUCAGUAGGGUUCUGAUAAGUAAAUGUGUGUGAUAUUUGGAAAAGAACUUUCUCCAAAUCCCGUUUCAGUUAGAAAGGUCAUUGAACCUCCUGCACAUUUUGGCUGCAGUGGCCCAGACAUGACUGCUGACUUAAAACUAUCUCCCCUGAGACAUCUGCCAUGGCUGGUCUGUUUUAGUUGCUGUCUGGGGUGCUUGACUCAUGGCUGGUGCUACCAGCCACUCAAGGCACUUCCACUAAGGCCAGUUGUCACUGGUGAGAGCGCAGAAACGUUUCCUCCUGGAUGUGGUUGUCGAAGCAGAUUUCCUCAGGUGCCAGAAAGGCACGGCGUUGACUUCACUUAACCCAUAGAUCUGGACAGUAGUUGUAUCCAAGCCACCACUCGGCCACUUCCCUGAGUGAGGUGUCAGAAGCUUCUGCUUCGUUUUUUUGCGUUCUGUUGCCCCAUUUGCUAUUUUUUUAUUCUCCCAUCAGCACACGUGAGCCUCUAUGGCUAAUAUGCAAACAGCAUUUCUAUUUUGAUAUUGGAUUAAAUAUUAACACUUUGCAUAAAUCAUAAGUUUUUUAAUGGAA